AUGACUCUCGAAAAUUUUCAAUCACAAAAUAAAAAAUCAGAUGAAGAUGGUCAACAUUUACCGAUCAUUGAAUAUUCUUAUUUAACAGAGUUACGUCUUCUUGAUGUUCGUGAUGAUUAUAUUGAACAAUUUCUUUUUCAUUCAAAAUCAGUUUUACCAAAUAAUAUAUUUUUAUCGGUUCAAUAUGAUUCUAUCCAAAGUGUAACAAAUCAUUUCACAAGAGGACAAACUAGAAUUAAUUCGGCAAAAAUUAAACAUUAUUUUCUAGCUGGUCCUGGCCAACAAUAUUUAUCAAAAGACUUCUAUCAGUAUUUUCCUAAUUUACAAUCGUAUAAUUUUUCUUUAACCACAUAA